AUUACCCAGAUAGCCAGCGCGGGGCGGGUCUGUGCAGAGUCCGGCCCUGACUUCGGGCCAGAAUACUAUACUGACAUACUCUAUACUAUAUACUGACAUGCUCACAGUGCACAUCAAUAUAACUAUGGAAGGAAAUAAACUUCAUACAGAUUUGAAUUGAAGAACACAUCCGAUUCAACGGAUUUUAAUAUUUUUACUGAAAUUAAUACAUUUGAAUUUUUGAACUGUGAAUUCAAUUGGCCUAUAUUUGGAUAUAUCCACUCGGAAUUUUAUGGUUUUGAAUUCACAACAGUUGUGGCGCCAGGAUUUCAAUUUUGGAUGGGCCAAAGUAAUUCUGGCUCACUGGCUGGGCCCUUUAUUUUCAUAAAUUAGGCUAACUGUUUGCACACCCCAUUUCCUUUAUUUCAUUAAUUUAAAGUAGGUUUUUAGAGCUUUCUCAUGCCAGGUAUGCACCGUUUGCCAUUAAAGCUAAAUUUGAGUAAGGAUGGCUUAGGAUGGCGAGGGAUGAGGGAACGGGAGAGUAUGUGUAGAAGUAAUCUAAAAUAUCUUUGCUUAAAUGCUAGAAGUAUAAAAGAUACAUUUUUAGAAUUUGAGGCUGCUAUGAUUAGUGGGGGCUAUGACAUAGUUGGGAUUACAGAGACAUGGGUUGGGGAGAAGGAUGGGGAUGAAUAUAAUAUAGAGGGGUACAAACUCUUUACAAAUUAGGUACAAAUUAGGAAUAUUUAAUUGCAACAGCUGACAAGGAUGGGAAUCUUGUUCCCAGCACAUUCAACCCUGUAGACAUUGAUGUACUUUGUUCUCACACUAUUUUCUAAAAUGGUUCAAAAGGCUCAGACCUAUACAAAUCACACUGCACGCUACAAUAAGGUUAACAGUUGCUCUCCUCAACUGCCAAAAAAUGACAGAAAGCACUGAACCUGGGGGAAAUGGCAAAAACUGGGAAAGUCACCAAACUUCCAAAAAUGGCAAAUAUUACGGAAUUAUGCGAUGAAGUUUCCAGUUAAUAACCAGAGACCUGAGCCACCUGCGGCAGAUACAUACAACAACUCUUCUGGCAGAAUGGUGCUGCUGGGAAAGAAGAUGGAGGACUGGCUGAGAUUCUCUGUGUGUUACUGGCACUCCUUCUGUGGAACGGGUUCUGAUCCGUUUGGGUUCUCAACCCUGCUGAGGCCUUGGAAUGAUGGUGGAACCCCCAUGGACAUGGCCAAGAAGAGGCUACAUGCUGCUUUUGAGUUCUUCACCAAAUUAGGUGUGAAAUACUACACCUUUCAUGACAGGGAUAUGGCCCCAGAAGGGAGAACUCUGGAAGAGUCCAACAGGAAUCUAGAUGAAAUCACUGACUUGGCUCUUCAGCUUCAGAAAGAAAUGGGGGUCAAAGUGCUGUGGGUCACCUGCAACCUCUUCGCCCACCCAAGGUACAUGAAUGGAGCUUCUACAAACCCCGAUUUCCAUGUGUUGGCCUUUGCUGCAGCCCAGGUUAAGAAAGGUCUGGAGAUAGCCAAGAAGCUUGGAGCAGAGAACUUUGUUUUCUGGGGUGGCAGGGAGGGUUUCCUGUCUCUGCUCAACACAGAUGUAGCAGCCGAACUGAAGCACAUGGCAAACUUUUUCAAAAUGGCCGUGGCGUACAAAGAGAAGAUCGGCUUGAAAUGCCAGUUUCUCAUCGAACCCAAGCCCAAAGAGCCAUGCAAACAUCAGUAUGAUUAUGACGCCAUGAGUGUCAUAGGGUUUCUGAAACACUUUGGACUGGACGGCCACUUCAAGCUGAACAUCGAGCCCAACCACACAACUCUGGCUGGCCAUUCCUACGAGCAUGACAUUGUCAUGGCCUCAGCGUUUGGCAUGCUGGGCUCUGUAGACUCCAACACGGGGUCCCCUGAUCUGGGCUGGGACACUGACCAGUUCCCCAUGGACAUCCGAAACACCACCGUGGUGAUGAAGACUGUUAUUGAACAAGGUGGCCUGCAGCCUGGAGGCCUGAACUUUGAUGCCAAGGUGCGCCGAGAGUCCACAGACCUGGAAGACCUGUUCAUUGCCCACAUCGGAGCCAUGGACGCCUUUGCACGUGGCCUGCGAAAUGCCGUCAGGAUCAUUGAGGAAGGAGUGCUGAACAAGAUGGUGAAGGAGCGCUACAGGUCGUUCAGCAGUGGCCUCGGUAAGAUGCUGGAGGAUGGAAGUUCUUCUUUGGAAGAAAUGGAGGAGUUCAUCAAACAACAUGGGGAUCCAAAAGUUACCUCAGGGAAGCAAGAGAAAUAUGAGUCCAUCUUUAACCACUACUUGUGAAGCCUGAGGCGGAGGAUCCUCUUUAUAUGGAAUUGUUUUUCAGUAACUAGAGUGAGAAUAACCCUAGUAAAUUUUGCCUCAUAAUUAGGCUCUGUAGUGCUUCUUUUGCAUUAUUAUCAGCCAUGCUCAAGGGGCUUUUGAGUUCACUUUUCAGUCAGUGAAUUGCUCAAUAGUUUUAAAAUGAGGAUUGUUAAUUUUUUUUUUUUUUAAUUUAAUUAGGUAUUACUGCCAUUAGCUUGUUUAUUUGCAGCAUUAUUUAGCACCAUAGUCACAGUUAUAGCAGACUGUAUUUUUUAGUAAAUUGCAUGAAUUAAUUUUUUUCAAAAAUAUUUUGAAGUUCUGCUGCAAAUAAGUAAGUAAAUAAUAAAAAUAAAAAAACUGGAGAAAGCUUUAGGACAUCUUAGUGACUGUUUACAUUUUGUUACAGUAAUAUUACUAAAUGUACCGUAUUUAACUGGUGGAAAUUUGCAUUUUUCUAUUGUGAGGGGCAAUUAAAAAUGCCUCCAAGAUAAAAAUGUAUUUGGUAAAGAGAAAUGUACAGUUUUCUUAUGAUGACCGUGUUUAAAUGUUUUCCCUUGGUGAAAACUAAUAGUCUAUCCCAAUUCAGGGAUAUUCAUGUUGGUUUAUGGGUGUGAUUGUGAAAUCAACUAUGAAGGUGUUAAUGUGUAAUCAGACUAAAUUGUAAAUGUAAAUGCGAUUAAAAAUUCUCAUGCGAAUAAA